AUGUGGCUUUAUGACCCGCCGGAACGUGCAUCUUUCCACAUCAAGGAGUAUUGGCGAAAUGUGCAGCACCUGGACUUUUACCCAAAACUGGGGAUUCGGGAGGAAGACUGGCCGCACUGUAUUCCGCUUUCCUGGCAUGUGGACGGGGUAAAGGUGUAUCGGUCGCAGAAAGCAUGGGUGUAUAGUUUUGGCUGCUGCACCCGCAAAGGGCCUUCGAUCGACACGAAGCUGUUAUUCCUUUUGUUCCGGGAACAGGAAAUGAUGAAGCCUGACACCCACGACGAAGUUGGGGUCAUUAUCGCUUAUGUGAUGCGCGUGCUCAUGACAGGUAUGUUUCCUGACGUUCAGUGGGAUGGUGCUCCCUGGCCAUCGAACAGUUUGGAAUCGAAGAGAGCUGGCCAGCCCUUCGCCGGAGGUUGGCGUGCAUGCUUCGCUGCUUUCAAAGCAGAUCUGGAGGCUCGGGCGAUGGUUCACAAAAUGGUGAGGAACUGGAGUUGCAACAGCAUCUGUGAGCAUUGUCUUGCUUCGAAGUUGCCAGAACUGAGCUAUGGUGACUUCAGUGACGGAGCUUCCUACCUGCAGUUCAUGUUUACUCAUGAUGAGUUUUUGGAGCUGAACCCUGCGCAUCGCCAGUCUUCAUGGAUCAACGUCCCUGGCUGGACAAAAGACAGAAAUCUCGAUGGCAUUGGCCCUUUGUUGAUCGCAUCCUUGCUUUCGGACCACUACGAGGAGCUACACGAGCACAAACUCACAUUGAAGCAGCUCGAGGAAUUGUUGCAAACUGAUGCCUGGCCACACUACAAGCAGUGGGUGCGAGCUGCAGCAUGCAAUUUUCUUUGA